ACGAAAAUAAAGUGCACUUACAAGAAAAGAAGAACCCUAGUUGGAGGGUGGAGAGGUAUAAUUACACAUUUGUUUCAAACAAAAUCGAAAGGGGCUUUUUUGUUGAUUUCCCAGUUGUGUAAUUUCAUCCCUUUAUUCUUGAGUUCCAAUUUUCCCCAUUUCUCAAAAUUUCACUCAGAUUUCUUUUAGGGUAUAAGAAUGGAACCCAGAGAAGUACAAAGCCCGGCAGGAGGAUUACAGGUACAACAACAACAACAACAACAACAAUCGCAACACAUGUUAAUGGGGCAAGCAUCUUCCUCCUACCCUUCAAAUCCCGCCUUGAUCAACUCCAAUCCAACGGCUAACGUCCCUCCUCCUUUCCCUUUCAACUCACUAUCUUCGCCGGUUCCGCUGCAGCGUCAUCAGCAGCAAAACCAGAACCAACAUCAACAAGAUCAACAUCAACAGCAUCCUAAGCCGUUCGAUUCUAUGAAUUCGGCCGGUUUUGAUGAAUUGCCGCAGUUUAGGUACAAUACGGAGCCGGCCCUGAAGAAGAAGCGAGGUAGGCCUAGAAAGUACGCUCCCGAUGGUAACAUUGCACUUUUACAACUGGCACCAACCCCUCAGAUUGCUUCUAACUCGGCGAAUCACGGCGAAGGCGAAUCCGUCGGUUUGGGGAGUAAUAGUGGUGUUGGGGCUGUAUCUGAACCUCCGGCUAAAAAGAACCGUGGAAGGCCACCGGGUUCUACCAAAAAGCAGAUGGAUGCAUUAGGAGGAGUUGGAGGGGUGGGAUUUACGCCUCACGUAAUCACCGUGGAAGCCGGCGAGGAUGUAGCAUCAAAGAUUAUGGCUUUUUCACAGCAAGGACCGCGCACAGUCUGUAUUCUCUCUGCAAAUGGUGCCAUCUCUAAUGUCACUCUCCGCCAACCUGAAAUGUCUGGUGGUACAGUGACAUACGAGGGCCGGUUUGAAAUUAUUUCUUUAUCAGGUUCCUUCUUGCUUUCUGAAAAUAGCGGUGGUCGCAGCAGGAGUGGUGGUUUAAGUGUCUCCUUGGCUGGAUCCGAUGGUCGAGUAUUAGGUGGUGGAGUUGCAGGGAUGCUACGGGCAGCAUCACCGGUUCAGGUCAUUGUUGGCAGCUUUAUUGCCGAUGGAAAAAAACAGAGCUCGGAUGCUUUCAGAACAGGACCGUCCUCCGUACUAGCAUCAAACAUGCUCAAUUUCAGAGCUCCAGGGAUGACAGGCAGCCCUCCUUCGCAAGGUGGCUCAAGCGAAUCGUCUGACGAGAAUGGUGGUAGCCCUCUUAAUCGAGGAUCCGACUUCUACACCAGUUCUGCUCCAUCAAUCCAUAACAACAAUGUGCAAAUGUACCAACUUUGGACUGACCACAGUCAACAAUGAAGAUGCUUCGGAACUAAAAACAGUAGAGCACAUCGGGACGCCGACUUGGUGAUUGUUACCGUAACAGUUCCAAAUCCUAACAUAUGCAUUAAAGACUAGAAAUGGUAGAAUCAUUUUCAUCGUAGAUCAAGUUAUAUCAGUUAUGUUUUUGUGUAGUCCUCCAUACUGGAAAUUGUUGUCACCAUUGACCCACCUCCUGCUUCAGAUAAUGUAUUUUGCUUAUGGGAAACGUGUCAUGGCCGCCAUUUUGGGAGCCAUGAUUAGACCAUGUAUCGCUUUUAAUUUAGUUGUUGAUGACAGAUGUAGGCUAUUGAAACUGUCAGUUU